AUGUGGGAGCUGUCUCCGAACAGUGAAGCCGUCUCGGGGUGUAAAGGUCGCCUCAAGCGCUAUUUCCCCGAAGUUGCCGUGUCUAUCCCCGACAACGAGAUAAAACCGCCGAGAUUCGUAGAUUUUCUUUCGCACACACUUGCAACUCUGAGCCACCAGGAUUGCAAACACAUGACGCCAAAAUUAUCCGCACCCGAGCGUCCCACAGCAACAGACACUACCUCCCCUGUACUUGUUACAGAACUUCUCUACGCUUUUUUGCUAUCUUUUCCCAAAGCGCGUCCCGGAACAAUGGGAGUUUGGAAAUUUACGCGAGACGAUGUGAUUAUGAAGUCGGCUACCACGACGCCCUGGAGGCGUUCGCCACUUUGGCUUUCCUUGCGAGUCACCUUGCACUUGCUUCUGGGCAGCCAUGAACACCAAGGAGCAAACCUUUAUAAAAAGGCAAUGGCACACUUUAUGUCCUGUCUUCUGGAUUCCGCGCUCAAGGAAAAACUGAAGAGCGAAACCAUCUUUUGCAUGGUAAAGAAACUCAGUCGGCGCGUAAGAAAGCUCGUUUUGACAGAGGACGAACCGUGGAUGGCUGUUGUCAGUGGCAUAUUGGCCACAGCAACUGAGAACAUGAACCAGAACUGGAGUCGAGUCAUUUUGAAGAAUUCACGCGAUAUGAAACUCUCCUCGAUUGCUGCUUCAAAGAUACUUAGAGAUACAAAGCUGGACUUACCUGGUCUGGACGCUUUCAUCGCUGGAAUUGCUCGCCGGGCGCAAACAACACCAUCGAGUGUAAACCCGCAGUCUCACUUGCUAUCAUUUUUGCAUACAAAUCUCCCAACACUCGAAAUAAGUGAAUUGGACAAGGAAUAUCAGAACUUCAACUUGUUUUUAUUCGAGGCAUGGGUAGCUCGAAGCCUGGAUGCGUGGAUCGACGCCAACACUGCCGACAUAAACACAUGCUCACAACUCUGCGACCUAGCCAGUCAGUACUUUCGCAUCGCGGUAGACCUGUACAGAGACAAUCCGAUGGAUAUUUCUCGCAUGGUCUUGACUAUUUUGGAGCUAUGGAUAGCGUGCGAUAAAUCGGCGUUGGCGACCAACGAUCAACUACAUCUGUUCAGUCCCGAGAUUCCCUCAACUAUAUGGGAUGCGCUUCUUCUUAGUUCUAAGGAGGACAUGCAACGAUUGGGCAAAGCGGAGCGAUACCUUAACUCUCGGUACGACGCCAUCAAAUGUGAGACAUCAAUUUUCGAUGGCAUUGGGGCGCGCGAUUCAUUUGUGACCAAAACCUUCGACAAAAACGAAAGCUACCAAAAGAGUUGGCAGGCCAAGAAAAAGAGAGCAGAUAAGUGCCGACAGAAAAAAAAGGAAGAACUGUGUAUGAUGAUUGAAAAGUACAACUCAUUGAUGGACGUUUACAUCCGCGGCUCAUGCGAUUUCGAUGAGCCAGAACUCGAUGGAUCAGAAGGCGAAAUUCGUCAUAGUGCAUCAUGUACAAGAUGCAGACAGAAGGCGGAGGCGGAAAGGCUGAAAAUCGACGUACUCGAAUCACCACUGCCUUCAAACCCAGAUAAAUACAAGGCCAUCGUUUUUGAGCUUUCACCUCCUCUGUCUUUCCAAGCGUGGAGGGAUUUCACGUAUUUCUUUUUGACAGACGUGCUUUCGCAAUCACAGCAGAUUGAAAGAAAUGACAAGAAAACGGCAGGAAGCAAGGUAUAUCUUACCGACUACGCGAACGAAAGCGGUUGGACCGAUUUGUUGGCAAGCAACGCCCGGAUCAUGGUAAUACUCGAGGAAAAAAAAAACUUUCGACCUCUGAAAGUACACCCAGAACUUCAGCUGGACCAAAUUUUUGUUGAUUGCACACGUCGCUGGAGAUACGUGGACACAACAACUUUCAAGGAACUCUCCGUUAUUCCUCCCAGUGCCCUCCCACAGAUGUGUUCAGUUCGACUGCCCGCUUCUGCAGCUACUCUUCAGCGAUUUGCCGACCAAUCUGCAGAACAAAAAGCAUCAAGUCUGUCCAACGAAGCAAUAGCUUAUCAACAUAGACGGCCAGCUCACAUAUCAUCUCAUGAGCAUACAUGCAUGGCAUUGCUGGCACAAGGCCAUCAUACACGCUGGUUGAAUAUCUUGCAGCACUUGGCGAUUCCUAAAGUAGACUUGAAGAAGCCGGAGACAGCUCUAAUCUUACUUCAAGUAUCUUGUCAAGCAGGAACGGCGUGUGCAACCAUCGCCAGAGAGUCGCACCAAUUACUAGAAUGCCCAAUAUUCACAGCAAAGUUACUUGACGUGAUAGGCCUGUGGAUCGAGAAGAUAAAGACAAAUUGGGAAUAUAACACAGCCUUGUGGGUUCUCGUUAUGUUAAUCACCCGUGUAUUGUCUAUUGGCCCUUCAGAUGUACUGGGAACCGCCACGGCAUGUUUGUCCAUGUGCCGAGGCAUUGCAUUUAAAUGGACGGAAGAGUUACAAAGCAAAGCAGCGGAAGAGACUGAAGGCUCAAGACACGCUGAAUAG